UCAUUCGUUCGUUCAUAAGAUUCAUUUUCGAUUCUCGUACAUAGAUAUGGAUCCAAAAACGUUCUACAUUUUAGUAUGUUUAUUCACAAGUUUACCGACAUUUGUAUUUUGUGCUCAAAAAUAUGAGCAUAUUACCGAUUGCCGUUUUCAUAGCCGUGGCAAUAAUAAGUAUGGACAUGACAAUGUGACAUUCAUUUGUGCGGAAAUUAAUGGUGAAAAUAUCGUUUUCCCUGAUCCCAAUAAUUUCAAUUGUUCAAAUUUCUGUCGACCUGUUCACUUUAAUUGGCCAGGCACUAUAAACUUCGAAAACUGUCGGUUCAAUGAGUUAAAGAGAAAUUUUUUCAAAGACUUUCAAUAUGUGCAUACGGCCAAUUUGUCUGAUCUGGGCUUGGAAGCUCUACAAACUGAUAUAUUUAAUCAAGCGACGAAAUUAACUUUUUUGGAUGUAUCAAAAAAUAACAUAAAGGAGAUCCCAUCGCUGAUAUUUAUGAAUGCAAAAACUCUUACUCAUGUGGAUUUUUCCUGCAAUAAAAUUGUGCAAAUCGAUGCUGUGGCUUUUUCGGGUGCAACUAAAAUCGAACACUUGGAUCUUUCGCGAAAUAAUUUAACGCAUAUUAAAGAACACACCUUCGAUAAAUUAAGUGAAUUAAAACUAUUGAAUUUAUCAUUCAAUUCGAUUGGCGAUUUAAAAAUUGACACAUUCAUUCACCUUUUGAAACCAACGAACACAUCAUCCGUUCAAGCUGGAACACUUUUACAUCAAUCGCAUUUAGUUACGUUGGACUUGUCGGAAAACGCUUUGAAAACAUUGGAUUUCACGCUACACUAUCCAAUUCAAUACGAACUUCGUACUCUUAAUAUUAGCAAAAACCAACUAUCUAGUUUGAAUGGUUUUCGAAACUCUCUGUUUCCACAGUUGACCUCGCUUGAUAUAAAAAACAAUCGGUUCAAUUGCACGUAUUUGAGACAUUUCAUGGAAUCCAUCAACUGGGAAGAUAUUCGUCUUCCGAUUGACUCACAUUCAAUGAAUCCACAAGUAAGCAGCAUCCGAGGAAUUAACUGUGAAGUUGUUGCGGGCCAGGAAUCAUCUGAUGAUAAUUCAAAAUCACAACACAAAUCGAAUGAUGAUAUACUCAUAAAAAUUACGUUGGUUUUACUUUGCAUAAUAAUGUUGAUAUUUUUGAUCAUGUAUGUAACAUUGAAUCGCAAGCGAAUCUUUGAUAAGAGUUUUUGUCACUGGAAAAAAUCAAUUAGUAUUGGACAAACUGCAACAGAGAAAGUUGAAUAUUGUAAGGAAGAACUGUUAUUAAAUUAAUUAUCAGCAUACGAAACGAUGUACUAUUCAAAAUAUGAUCGAUAAAUAAAUGUUCAACUGAAACUAAUGUUUGCGCCAAGAUAAAGAAGUUGUUUUAAUUUAUUGCAAUAAAAACACUAUCAAUAGGUAAUAACUGUAUAGCCUUUAGGAAUAUCAUCU